AUGUGUGUGCAAGUUCCGUCGGAUCAGACUGCCCUCACAGUUGAGAAUCGAUCAAUUCGCAUUGGGCAGGGUACGCGGUCCCUCACGGAACACAUUAUGGAAGCUUUGCAACAGUCCACUCCACAAAUCGGUAUUCCCGACUCUUUUUCAUCUAUGGUUCCACCCACCCUCCCAAAUACCUCUCAGCGACUACGCUAUUCGCCUCCCAUAAUGAGUUUUCCCAACUAUGGCACUUCUGUGUCUCGCUCCAAUUCUCCCAGCCCGGUCAGUUUCGCCGGCAAUAAUGACAUUUCUACAUCCUCAUCACCGUCGCCUUCCCAGCAUGGAACCAGGAAAUCCAGUCUGCCUGAGUCGCCCAUACUCGGUCCGGUAUCCUCAUCAGAACGGUCGGCUGAAAACGGAGCCAUGGGAUUCCUCAAAUCUGUCGUAUUGCACUCAACCGCAGCCCUAAACAACUUUGACUUGAUGCCAUUGGGUUCGUUGGAUCAGAUGAAAUACGAUGCAGUCAAAAAGGACUCGAACAUUAUAUCCCCGUCGGUAGAAGAGGUCAGAAUUCACGAGGCACAAAAUCCUGUCACUACUAAGGUAUGGGAUGACGAAAAGUUACGCGCGUUGAUCAAACCCAAAUCGGUUCCGAAGGUGGUAUCUGAAGUCACGGCGUACAAUCUGCGUUGA